GUUUCCGAUAGUUUCCCUUUCAGCUUUGGCUCAAGUAAAAUACACGGAAGUUCACUUCUCGUAAGUUUUUUGUGGAAGACGCCAGGACCACUUGUUCCCCACCAAGAAACCUUAGCGGUGUGUCAGCUCUCAGCUUCAUCAUGGCCGCAGAAGAAGUUUAUUCCCCAACAACGGUGCCAAACCCGAACGCCGUCUGUUGUCUGGUGCCGUCCCAAUAUCUGGACCGAGUACGCUUCAUCGUCAAGGUCUUGGAAGUGCUGCUGUCACUGGUGGCGUUCAUCCUGGAGGAGGUGGUGUCCGUCUGCAUCAACUGCACAGCUCUGGAGUUCUUUGAGUUUGUCAGCUGCACGUCGUUCCUCUUCACCACGCUGCUCCUCAUCCUCCUCUCCACCACGCUGCACCGCAGGGUGGGCAUCACCUGCUGGUCCAGUCUGGACUUUGUGUACACGUUUGUGAUCGCCAUUUUUUUCUUCAUCGCCUCCACGGCGUUUGCUGCCAUCAACGGCGGCACUUCUCUGGAGAAAAGUGCUGUGGCGUUUGGCUUCCUGGCGUCGUUUGCGUUCAUGGUCGACCUUUUCCUAUUUUGGAGGACGUACCAGCUUCCCUUUGGCAAAGGGAAGAAGGCGCGGCCGACUAACGGGAUCCCACCGGCAGAAAGUGACCAGGAGGCUCAAGCGGAAACAACAAAACUCAACAAGGACGCCACAGCAGUAGAAUGAUUUUUUUUGUUUGUUUCUGUGCUCGGUGGGCGCCAUGAAAGGUCAAACAUUUGACACUUUAGGAGGCGCUCACGUCUCCCACUUGCUGGCCUGAUUUCCGCUCUUUGUACUACUGAGGCCAGACACUCAGGAAAUAAACAAUCGCCUUUCCACUCAAAGGAGACAUAUGUUUUUUGUUUUUUUUCUUCACAAUUCAAACUAGCCUCCGGUUG